AUAGAUUUAUAAAGCCCCGAGUCGCUCUGUCUCCUUCCACCUUCAGCCAUUUUAACCAUGUUAGGAGCUGUGGGACGCUGCUGCACCGGGGCUUUGCAGGCUCUCAAGCCUGGGGUCCAGCCCCUGAAGGCCCUCGUUGGAUCCCCAGCUGUCCUUUCGCGCAGAGAUUAUGUUGCUCCUGCGGCCGCCGCCAGUGCCGCCUCCGGCCGCAUCGUGGCUGUCAUCGGUGCCGUCGUCGACGUCCAGUUCGACGAGGGCCUCCCUCCCAUCCUCAACGCCCUGGAGGUCGCCGGGCGCGACUCCAGGCUAGUCCUGGAGGUGGCUCAGCAUCUUGGGGAGAGCACAGUGCGUACCAUUGCUAUGGAUGGUACUGAGGGUCUGGUUCGUGGACAGAAGGUUCUGGACACUGGUGCCCCCAUCAGAAUCCCAGUUGGCCCUGAGACCCUGGGCAGGAUUAUGAAUGUGAUCGGCGAGCCCAUUGAUGAAAGGGGUCCCAUCAGUACCAAACAGACUGCGCCUAUCCAUGCUGAGGCCCCUGAAUUCACUGACAUGAGUGUGGAGCAGGAGAUUCUGGUGACUGGCAUUAAGGUGGUGGACCUGCUGGCUCCUUAUGCCAAGGGAGGGAAAAUUGGGCUGUUUGGUGGUGCCGGCGUAGGAAAGACUGUGUUGAUCAUGGAGCUGAUCAAUAACGUGGCCAAGGCCCAUGGUGGUUACUCUGUGUUCGCUGGUGUCGGGGAGCGUACCCGUGAGGGAAAUGACUUGUACCAUGAGAUGAUUGAGUCUGGUGUCAUCAACCUGAAGGACACCACCUCCAAGGUGGCGCUGGUGUACGGACAGAUGAACGAGCCCCCCGGUGCCCGUGCCAGAGUGGCUUUGACUGGGCUGACCGUGGCCGAGUACUUCCGUGACCAGGAGGGUCAGGACGUGCUGCUCUUUAUUGACAACAUCUUCCGUUUCACACAGGCUGGGUCUGAGGUGUCUGCCCUGCUGGGUCGUAUCCCCUCUGCUGUGGGUUACCAGCCCACUCUGGCCACUGACAUGGGUACCAUGCAGGAGAGAAUCACCACCACCAAGAAGGGUUCAAUCACAUCUGUGCAGGCCAUCUACGUGCCUGCUGACGACCUGACUGACCCUGCUCCAGCUACCACCUUCGCUCACUUGGAUGCCACCACUGUACUGUCUCGUGCCAUCGCCGAGUUGGGCAUCUACCCCGCUGUCGACCCCCUGGACUCCACCUCCCGUAUCAUGGACCCCAACAUCGUAGGAGCUGAGCAUUAUGACGUUGCCCGUGGUGUGCAGAAGAUCCUUCAGGACUACAAGUCCCUUCAGGACAUCAUUGCCAUCCUGGGUAUGGAUGAGUUAUCUGAGGAAGACAGACUGACUGUGGCCCGCGCUCGCAAAAUCCAGCGUUUCCUGUCUCAGCCCUUCCAGGUGGCUGAGGUCUUCACAGGCCACUUGGGCAAACUGGUGCCCCUUAAAGAAACCAUCAAGGGAUUCAAGAGCAUCCUUGGAGGUGAAUAUGAUAAUCUGCCUGAGCAGGCCUUCUACAUGGUUGGUCCCAUCGAGGAAGUGGUCCAGAAAGCAGAGAGGCUGGCCGAGGAGCACUCAUAAAUAUCUGAUCAUUCUGAGCAAAGAGGGGGAGAGGGUCCUGUGGUUAGGAGCACUUGGUUUGUAAAACAUGUCAAAAUACAAAUGUCUUGUCAGCCUGAAGAAAGUUCUAUUUAAUGUUUCCAAUGUAAGAUGGAAUAAAUCACUGUCUUUACACAAACAUUUGUCAACUGCAUAUUUCAUAAGCUUUAGUUGUGAUGGCAUCCUGUUCCUAGUGAGGAAUCCUUUUACUCUGACCACAAGAUGGCGUACUUGAGCUGUGUUAAGCGUUGAGUUGUAUUGCAGAUUGUUACGUUUGGAAAUAAAAUGGACAAAUAAUUGGAAA